UUUACUCAACUCUUGUCCUGAUAUCACUCCGCUUGCAUGGAGGAGAGGACUUGAUUAUUGUGAUGGUGGCAGGCAGCAGCUUCUAGCGACGAGCCGAGAUCACCGCGUCUCUAGGAUUUCCGUUCGCGUCCCUCGAUACGGACCGGGACGAUUGGACCUUACGCAAACCUUUUUACCGGACAGGGAUUUUUACUGACCAAACCAAUGAGAUGCAAGUUCACGGAGCAACUCCGGAGCCCGUUCGGUUCAGACAGCAAAACUUUUUCUCAAAGGACAACACAAUAAAACGGCGAGCUCGCUACGUCGGGUUGUUGUGUGAAUGAGUGAUGACCGCUUGUAGCCUAAUAUCCGGAUGUUUCCUUUGGAGUUAAAAGUGUAGCGGCGGUAUUGAAGUGUGGACCGGCUGCAUAGCAAGCUCUACCCACGCUGGGGGUGUUUUGUUACCUGUUUUCAGGAUCGAGAACGAUGUUGUUGUAAACAGUAUUGAAUGGUGGAACCUCCACGUACUGUCCCGGCGGAGGGAAGCAGCAUCGGUCACCGUUUGCUACUGUCCUUUGAAUCCCCCCUCUCUUGUCUCUGAACAAGCUAGUUACCUUCUCACCCCUGUGGAACAAUCUGAACGAGGUGAGGGUGCUUGGGAAAAGUUCUUCCAAAAUACCAGCCCUUUGGCUAGAGGAUGGGGGACUUUGCAUCCCCCGCUGCCGCCAACGGCAGUAGCAUUUGCAUCAAUAACAAUGCCAUGAACAGCGGCAUCAACCCGAGUGGAAACUCUAACAAUGUGGGCAUUCCGAAACACAGCACAGUGGUCGAAAGGCUACGGCAGCGGAUAGAGGGCUGCCGGAGACACCAUGUCAACUGCGAGAACAGAUACCAGCAAGCUCACGCCGAGCAGCUGGAGAUAGAGCGCAGGGAGACUGUGAGUCUCUACCAGCGGAGCUUGGAGCAGAGGGCGAAGAAAUCCGCCAACACCAAGCAGCAAAGUAAACAACAAGACCCCGACUCGGCCUCGACUACCGAGCAGAGAAAUAACACUCUCAUAGCGGCUUCCGAGCAAGGCGUGGUCGGCAUGUCGCGGCCACCCGGCGCCGUCCCGCCCCCGCACCCCUCUGGGGGCGGGGCCUCGGGGGUGGGGCCCAGCCAGGGGGCGGGGCCUCCCCCGGGUUACCUGGGCAACCAGCAGCAGGCCAUGAUGAAGCAAAUGAUGGCGCUGGAGCAGGAAAAGAGGGUGCAGCUCCACCUGAUGGAGCAGCAGAAACAGCAGCUGCUCCGGGAGCAGAGGCACCAGCAGCAACAGCAUCUCCUGGCUGAACAGCUCCAGCAGCAGCAGCAUCUUCCUAGACAGAUGGGUCAAGGCCAGAGGAAUCCCUACCCACAGGUCAACCAGUACCAGGGUACCCCCCAGGAGAUGGCGGCCCACUCCCAGGCACUCCAGAACAUCCGUGCGGCCCGUCUCCUCCAGCAGCAGAACCAGCAGGCCCAGAUGGUCCAGAUGGGCUCCGUCCAGAACCAGGGCUCCAUGCAGGGGGGCCCGGGGGGCUCGGUGGGGUCCCAGUCUGACAUGGGACUCCCGUACGGGGGCCAGGGGGCCGGCCAGCAGUCCCUUUACGGCCUCAACCCUUCCAUGAGCCAGAUGAUGCAGCAGCAGCAACAGCAGCAGCACCAGAGCCAAAGCGUCCAAGGGUCCAUGGGGCUCCCCCCCCAGCACAACCCGGCCGGGCAGCCCCAAAGGCAGGGGCCGGUGGGGCCCGGUGUGGGGGUCGGGGGCAUGGGAGGAGGAUAUGGCAGCCAAGGGAUGAUGAUGAACUCCAUGUCCCAGCAGCCCCUCAAAGGGCCACCCAACACCAAGGCCCAGGCCCAGAGGCUGCAGAGCAUGAUGGGAGGCGGAGGUGGUGGAGGGGUGCAGGCGGGGGGGAUGGGAGGCUGGCCACAGCAACAGGGGCAGAACAUGCAGUCUAUGGGUGGCGGAGUGGCCGGCAGGGGCAGGACUACAGGAGACAUGGUGGGAUUUAGCUCCUCCCAGGGCUACGGGCUGCAGCCGGGACAGCAACCGCGUAUGGCUAAGCAGCACUUCCCCCAGGGCAUGGGCCAGCCCAUGGACCCCAGGGUGGGGAACCCUGCAGCAGGCAUGGCCGGGCCCAUGAUGGCAGCUCACAUGGGCGGCCAGUCAAGGACCAACCAGCCCAGACCCAUGGUGAUGAGCCAGGGGGUGAUGGGCCAGAGCGUGCCUGGCAUGGGGACCUUCGGACAGGGGCCCGGGGGCCCGGCAAUGGGGGGUGGAGGUGGAGGAGGGCCCUAUGGCCAGGGAGGUGGGGUCGGGGGUCAGCCGCAAGGCUACCAGCGGACGUCUAGCCAGGACAUGUCCUCAUAUGGCUAUGGGGGCGGGCAGGCUCCCUCGGGCGGGGGCUUCGGAUUGGCCGAUGGAACGGGAGCGGAGCUGGACUCGAGCGAUGGUUGGAUGGAAGAGUUUUUUCCCAGCCAAUAGCCAACGGUGAAACAUUGACUUUUUACUAGACGGACUACAAGAAAAUGGGAGGGGAGAACUUUAACUGGGAAAUAGAAAUGGAAUUAAAGGAGUUGGGACAAGCAACAUGUUUUGUUUUGUAAAACAUGAAAAAGCUGAUAGAUGAGUUCCUUGUCUUGUAUUAUGUGUGUGUUUGUGUGUGUGUGUGUGUGUGUGUGUGUGCGUGUGUGUGUGUGUGUGCGCGCGCGUUUGCAAGCAAAUCUGUGUGUUAUCAUGAUAUUUAAAGCGCCUCUCAAUGAAUGUGGUUUUGUGGUAAUAGAUAUCACACACAGAUUGAGAAGUGAAUUUGUAUCUGUUUUUUAUUUUAUUUCAUUUCGUUUUACAUGAGAUGACUAUCCUUUUUUUCCAAUGCCUCAAACCAACCCCUUUUAGAAGUAGAUCCUCAUUGGGCCAAACUCAAGUUCUCUGGUAGAUUUGGGGGUUUUGGUGGUUAGGUUGAGUCAGUGGUUCUGUCUAACUCCAUGUUGUCAUUCUAUGUGUUGGGGGUGUGUGGGUGGGGCGGGGGGGUAUAUUGUGUAACGAUCAUAGCAUUUAUACAUAUGCCAUUCUCUUUGACAGGCCAGACAUAAACACACAUACACCCACACAUACUCAGAGAGACACAGAAAAGCCAUUGUCAUCUUCCUAUUCGGGGCUUCAGUGCUAUCAACUAACAGAGCAAAAGAGAGGCAACAGAAGCAUCUGUCACAAGCCGUACAUCCUGACUGGUAGAGAUUCAUGCACUUCAUUCUCCCUCCCUCCUUUCCACUCCCUCUCUUUUCCUCCCUCUCUCUUGAGAGCUGUGCUUUUUGUCUGCGUUCAGCCUGCUGUUUAUACUGUGAACAUCACAACAAAACAAACGGUGUUUCUCUUUUGUGCGCUGUGCAGACGCACCGGGCCCCCCUACCACUGUUGCUAGGCAACCAGCCUGAGCCGAGGAGCCAGGGCUUCAUUUCCUGUUCGCUGUAGCUGUGUGUGUGUCUGGUGUGUGUGUGUGUGUGUGUGAGCACGUCCGUGUGUGUGUGUCUGUGUCCAGGUGUGUGUGUGUGGAAGAGAGAGAGAACUGAGAGAACUGGCAGCUAGCGCGCACACACAUACUCUCUGUCACACACACACACACGCACACACACACACACACCACUCCCCAACGGCCAAGGAGAAUGGAGGGAGAGGAUCUAUCAGUCAGAGAGAGAUGCAGCUUAGGGAGCUCCAUCACACCUAAUAAUCACCGUCUGUCUCUCAAUCUCUCUCAUGAAAUCUAUAUAAAUGUAGUCCAACUAGAAGACAAGUAGGAAAGGGUAGCUAGGCAUUGAAUGUAUAUCAAGCACCACAAGUGACUUCAUUUGAAAUGGACAAAAAAACUAAAAAACAUGGUCAGCCAUCUUGGAGUGCUCACACUCGUUAUUUGACCUUUUUUUUGUCACAUGCUUUUUGUGUCAGCUAGAAAACAUUGAAUCUGUUCAACAACAAAAAAAGGAUAGUCUCACUGUUCAAUGUGUCUCUCUGUCUAUCUGAAGGUUCUCGGACCUGAAGGCUGUCGUCGCUCAGUUUUCUGCGUUUGUUAUGUCGUUCAGAUGUAUGUGAAACAUGAAUAGCGGUCCUAGUACUGUGAAGAGAGGCUGAGAUCACUCUAAACAAGGCCUUACCACGGCGUAACCUAACCACUGUUCUCCAUAAUGUGUGACCUCUGCUUUGAUUUCUAUUUAUAUACUUUUAUAAAGAGCUGAGACAAAAGGAGAUUAGAAAGGGUUGUGGCGUCUGGCAGGAUAUCUCCCCGUGCUCUCAGUAAGUCAUUGCCUACACACAACCCGCCUUUGCCUGAAACCCAAGAGGUGAAACUAGGGGUAGAGAGAAAUAUUGUAUCAGGCUUUUAUAGGCCUCAAAGCUAGGAGAAGUGUGAUUUAGGAACACUAGUGGCUUUAACGCCCUCUCCCUAGUGACUUAACUGUGUCAGAAGAUUUUGCACGCAUAGCUUCCAAAUGCUUCAUCAUUGGGUACUGCUAGAUGAAGUGUUGAUUUCCACUUCUGUACCAACCGACAUACAACAUUCAACAAGGACUGAAUGCGAAAUGUCACAACAAACCUAAUCAAGUCCCCUUCUUCUCUCGCUCUUUCUAUCUUUCUCUGGCCAAUCUAUUGUCUAUGUCCAUGCCAUAGUGUUAAUACUGUUUCCCAGAACCCUUUAAGUAACCUUGUAGGUGAAAGACCUUUUUGCCAGUCUCAGCGAAGGUUGGUAACACCCAUACAGUCACAUAUAUAUUUUUGUCUGCUUAUGUUUCGGGAGGAUGUAGCCCAUUUGGUGUUUGUGUUGGAAGGAAGAGUGUAGCGUUCGGCACAGAAGUCGCCCCCAAGAGAGUCAAGUCUGGAGAUCAGGAGUCAGUUUACCUUUCCUGCAACCCUAACUAAAAGAGUUAGGAGGUGUGUGAAUCAGGCUUCAGACCAGCGACCAGGGGUUGCUAGCUCAUUCAAUGUGUUACUUCCUACUCCUAUAGGCCUGCUGUUUCAGGUGGGGGAAACAGUGUUAAUGGACACAGGGGCCUCAGUUAGUGACCAUUAGUCCUUUUUAAAUAUGAAGGACAAUCCCCCCCAUGCAUAAAAAAUAUGAAAAAAUUUAACAAAGCUUCCUCCAAAUAUCAUUGUAUACUGGGACCAAGUCAAUUGUGAACGUCAUUUUACGGUAUCUUUUUUUUUGUUCUUCCUUGUUUUUGUUGACUAUGAGAAAAACUAUAUAAAAGAAAAAGGCUAUUUGUAAAUAUGUUUUUACAGGUUUAAAUACAUCAGAUAAUACUGUCUCUACUCUCUGUAAAGAAAUUACUGUUUGUCAAAAAAUAGAGAAGUAUUUUUAUUUCUGUUUUUUUCACUUUUAACCCAUCUGAGCUAUGCCAUUGCACUUCAGACAAUGUCUUACUACUAAUUUGUAUUGUAAACCUCUUCUAAUUUUUUUCUAGUUUGGGAUUUUACUCUUAAGCAGUGCUUAUUUCUUUUUAUCCUGUACAGAAUUCUGAAAUGUUAACACGAGAGAAAAACAAAACACUUUUUUUGUUUUCUUUUUUUUUCAGAAAAGAUACAACAAUAAAGAGAGAAUGUUCUCGCUGAUCAUAUUAAAUGAAA